GUAACCCCAUCUGCGGUGUUGUCUACGCCCUGACGGUGUGGCGCUUCUUUCGUGAUCGCACAGAAGAGGAGGAGAUCUCGCUGAUUCACUUCUUUGGGGAGGAAUACUUGGAGUAUAAGAAGCGGGUUCCCACAGAGUCGAGAAAUCACCAUUUGAAAGGCAACUCUGAACUUAACCAAGAUGUCUAUGAAAAUGACAGUAGCCCUGCUCCUGCUACAGCUGAGUAGCUUCUUUGGAUCUGGAAGUAGUGGGAAGGUGCUGGUGUGGCCAGUGGAAUUCAGCCAUUGGCUCAACCUAAAGAUAAUUCUAGAAGAGCUUGUGAAGAAGGGCCAUGAAGUGACUGUUCUGAGACCUUCGGUUUACUUUUCUUAUGAAGUUGACAACACAUCUGCUAUUGAAUUUGAAACAUAUCCUGCAUCAUUUUCCAUGACUGAUGCAGAAGAAUUUUCCAAAGCAGCCUUCAAUAAACGCAUUUAUGAGCUGCCAAAGCAAUCAUUUUGGGGAUACUUUUUAAUGUUACAAGAACUGUUUUUGUUCGAGUCAGAAUAUUUUGAGCAUUUCUGCAAAGAUGCAGUUUUAAACAAGGAACUUAUGACAAAACUACGUAAUUCAAGCUUUGAUGUCCUACUAGCAGAUCCAUUCUUACCCUGCGGUGAACUGCUGGCUGAGAUUUUUAAGAUACCUCUGGUGUACAGUCUCCGAUUCUUUCCUGGCUCCAAGUACGAAAAGCACAGUGGAGGACUGCCACUACCUCCUUCCUAUGUGCCCAUUGCUUUGUCAGAAUUGAGUGAUCGAAUGACAUUCAUGGAAAGGGUACAAAAUCUAAUCUAUGUGCUUUCUUUUGAAUUUUGGUUACAAAUGUUUAAUGAGAAGAGGUGGAAUCAGUUUUACAGUGAAGUAUUGGGGAGACCCACAACACUCACUGAGAUGAUGGGGAAGGCAGAUAUAUGGCUCAUUCGAACCUACUGGGAUUUGGAAUUUCCCCACCCUGUCUUACCAAACUUUGAAUAUGUUGGAGGACUCCACUGCAGACCUGCAAAGCCUCUGCCAAAGGAAAUAGAAGACUUUGUCCAGUCUUCUGGAGAACAUGGUGUGGUGGUGUUUUCCCUGGGGUCCAUGGUGAGUAACCUAACAGAAGAAAGGACCAACAUGAUUGCAGCAGGCCUUGCACAGAUUCCACAGAAGGUCCUUUGGCGAUUUGAAGGCAAGAAGCCAGACACCUUGGGCUCCAACACUCGGCUGUACAAAUGGAUUCCCCAGAAUGACCUUCUUGGUCAUCCUAAAACCAGAGCUUUUAUAACUCAUGGUGGCACCAAUGGCAUCUAUGAGGCGAUCUACCAUGGGAUCCCUGUAGUGGGCAUUCCUUUGUUUGGAGACCAGUUUGACAAUAUUGUUCACAUGAAGACCAAAGGAGCAGGGGUUAGACUGGACUUUCACAUGAUGUCCAGCACAGAUUUGCUCCAUGCAGUGAAGACAGUCACUAAUGACCCUUCCUAUAAGGAGAACGCCAUGCGGCUAUCAAGAAUCCACCACGAGCAGCCAGUGAAACCCCUGGACAGAGCCGUCUUCUGGAUUGAGUAUGUCAUGCGCCACAAGGGAGCCAAGCACCUUCGUGUGGCAGCGCAUGACCUCACCUGGUACCAGUACCACUCUCUGGACGUGCUUGGAUUCCUGCUUGCCUGUGUGGUGACUGUGAUGUUCGUCAUCACAAAGUGCUGCCUCUUUGGCUGCCAGACAUUUGCUAAGUCUGGAAAGAAGAAGAAAAGGGAGUAGCUGAAGUGGGGAGGACUGACACAUGGACCUCCUCUAAUGCAUCUCCGCAAGGGAGGCUGUGCGGGAAGCUCCUUCAUCCUGUGACAAGGCCAAUCUCUCUCUCUGACUCAUCAAAUCACAACAUUAUUUAUAAAGUUUUAAGGAUUGAACAUAUGCUAGAAAUAUUUUUGGUCACAGUGCAAGAAACUAGGAAAAAGUAACAAUCAAACUAUA